GUCUCGAGCUCGAAAAUGGAUGAUCAGCGUCAUAUUGGGUCUGAUGACCGUGUCAGUCACAUUUGCCUCGUCUGUCUUUAGUACGGCGGCCUCGGUGACGGCCGAGGAGUUCGGCGUCUCGGAAGAGGUGAUGAUUCUCGGUACUAGCUUGUUUGUCCUAGGAUUUAGCUUCGGGCCCUUGGCGUUCGGCCCUCUUUCUGAGUUAUACGGUCGCAAGAGACCUCUCUUCCUCGGCUUUUUCAUCUUUGCCAUCUUCCAGAUUCCCGUGGCGGUGGCCCAGAAUCUGCAAACUAUCUUUGUUUGCCGGUUCUUCGGCGGUUUCUUCGCCAGCGCUCCGCUCGCCAUCGUUGGCGGUACGCUGGCCGACUUCUUCAACCCGGUGGAACGCGGUAUCGCCAUGGCUGUAUUCGCGGGCAGUACCUUCGUUGGCCCCGUUGCCGGCCCCAUCGUGGGUGGGUUCAUCACGAUGUCGUAUCUCGGCUGGCGCUGGACCGAGUACAUAACCGCAAUCAUGGCCUUUUUCUUCGGGGCCGUGGGGUUCUUGAUCGUGCCCGAGACUUUUGCACCGGUGCUGCUGCAACGCCGCGCACGACGUCUGCGCUACGAAACGCGCAACUGGGCUCUUCACGCCCGGUCUGAGGAACAACCGGUCGACCUGAGGAACAUCGCGCACCGAUAUCUCGUGCGGCCGAUCCUGAUGCUUUUCCUCGAGCCGAUCCUGCUUCUGAUCACAUUGUACAUGGGCUUCAUCUACGGGUUCCUGUAUCUGUGUUUCGAGGCCUACCCGAUUGCCUUCCAGGACAUGCGCGGGUGGAACGAGGGCGUGGGCGCUCUGCCUUUCGUUGCGGUGACGUGUGGCGUGCUCGUCGGCUGCGGGAUUAUCAUAACGUUCACAAAAACGCGGUUCCAGGCGGUCCUGCGCCGGGAAGGCCACAUUAUUCCCGAGGAGAGGUUGAUUCCGAUGAUGAUAGGUGGUGUGCUGUUGCCGGCGGGGAUGUUCUGGUUUGGCUGGACCUCGAGCCCGUCUAUCUCAUGGGUGCCACAGGCGAUCGCGGGUGGGUUCCUUGGGGCGGGAAUUUUGUUGAUUUUCAUGCAGGGUCUGAACUACAUCAUCGACUGUUACGGGGUGAAUUCCAACUCGGCUAUUGCAGCAAACUGCUUGUUCCGUUCCGCCUUGGGGGCAGGCUUUCCGAUGUUCGCGUUGCCGAUGUUCGAUAACCUCGGCGUCAACUGGGCGAUGACUCUACUGGGAUGCUUGACUGCGAUACUGUUUCCAGUGCCGAUUCUGUUCUAUAUCUUUGGAAAGCGGAUUCGGUCGUGGAGUCGGUUUAGUCCGAGUGAAGAAUGAGGAUGAGG